AUGCCUUCUGCCCGUGGCAAAGCCAAAGACACCAGCGAGCGGUCGCGCACCAACAAGCGCGGCAAAAAAGCGCAGAAUGCGACAGCGAAGGGAGCACGAAACGUCGCGGGUGGCACUGAGAUUCCGCAGGACAGCCGCGCGCGAGACAAGGACAUUAGCGAGGAGGAAAGCAAACUCUGGGACUCGAUGACCACCGAGUGGGACGAAAUCAGCCCGGCGAGGCGGCUCGAGUUGGAUAGGAGGGCACGCGAUGCGUUUCUGGGGACGAUGAAGUUCGACAUCAUCGAGACGAAGACGGAUGCUAUCGUUCCCCGCUUCGGCAUGUACAACGAUCGGCCCCUCGACAGGGGAGCCAUGUCCCGGCUGAAGGCGAACAUCACGAACCGUCACGCUCAUGGUUUCCAAACCGACUCUCACCUGAUAUUCGCCGUGGCCACGCGCGACCUCAUUCGCGAUCCAGCCCCUGUCGGGAGUGAGCUUCUCGGGUCGGACCUUCCGGAAUUCGACCUCCAAGACAGCGUGGAGCCUCGGUCGGUACUCGCGCUUGCUGGACAACACCGAUAUCGGACCGCAAACGAGCUGUACGCGAAAUGGAGAAAGGAGCUCAGAGAGCGACGUGGAAUGGCGACAGAGGAUGACGAUGGCGUGUCCAUAGCGGCAUCAGAGGGAGCGAAGUCGUCGAGUGAUGAUGUCGAUCUAGACACCAUGGAUGAUCUCGAACGUCGGAUGGAGGAGGUACGAUGGUGGGGUGUGCGAUUGUACGACCUCAAGAAGAUUCAGUCGGAUGAAGAGCUUGCGGAUCAUCUGUCGCGCAACGAGUCCAAGGUUCAACACUCGGAGACGGAGGAAGAGUCGCUGGUCCAGAAGUUGAACCGAAUCCGCAGCAUCCUAGCAGACCUCGGAAUGGCAGAGUUCAUGAAGAAGCACCAGUCGCUCACCUUGUCGAAGCUGAAGCUGAAUAUCAACUCGUCGAUGUCAUGGAUCAUCAUGAACGUCUACAUGCUCCUCAUGGUCCUCUCGAUGACGCGACAUGGGUCGCACUUUAGGGCUCAGCCGGAGUUCCGAGUGUCGUGGCUGAAGAACCUCAGCGAUGCUCACGGGACGAUCUUCAUGUCGCAGCUGCUUUCAUGGAUCUUCAUACGACAGUCUGAACGCAUGGCUUUGGUCGACUGCGUCUACACCGGGAGAUCUGAGCAGAGAGCCGACGCGACAGAUGAGGCAUCUCGCGCCGACAACCCCAGCAAUGCCGAGAACGUCGGCGACAUUGAGGUCGUUCGUGGCGACGCCUGGCCCUCUUUCCAGACAAUGAGGAGUGCGUUGGGUACGUCCAAGUCGGUUGCCCCUUACCCCUACACUGCCGAGGAGCUGGCGAUACUCGCUCGCAACUUUUCCCUGGGUGAACGGCGAUUCCAGCACAUUAUUCAGUGGUACCUACUCGAUACUAACGGUACAGCCGGAGUGCAUUUCGACCGUUGCAAACGGUAG